CCCCAGGAGCCCUUUGUGAGGGGGAGGCCCCAGCUCUGUGAUGGGGGCUGGGUGUGUUAGUGAUACAGGGCUGAGCCCCUGCCCCACUCCCUGGAAGAUGCAUUUCAUCCUCUUUUCUGUGGGUAGCCUGGUGAUCCUGACCUUCUUACGCCCCAGCAUUCCCAGGGAACCGUCCUCAGGGCCUCCCAGAAAAAGGAACGGUGCCAAGGGUCAAGCUGAAGUGAGGGGCUGGCUCAGGAUCAGAAAUAAAAAGAUGGAUCUAAAAGCUUGCCAAAGUCUCCUGAAGAACUGGAGAAUGCUCAGGUCUACACUCUCCUACUGGAAAAGUGAGGCUCUUUCACCUUCUCCCUCGUGUCCUCCUUCCUACCAGGGCCUGGGGCUGAUCUGGGAGGGGGAGGUCACAGCUGGGAUGUCACUAAAGCCCUGGGGCAGGUGUAGGCAGAGCUUUGUAAAGUCAGCGUGGGGUCUCUGGAGGGGCGUGGGCCACGGGUUCGCAGUGCUCCCGGCUGCAGCCUGUGCCUCCUGUCUGCUGCCGGCGCCUGAGGAAGCUCCCUGGGGGGGCAGCUCCCAUCACCUUCCACACCAAGACCGAUCAGGGCCAGUGUACAAAUGAGCACCUGCUAAGAACCACUGGCCACGAGGGCAUGGGAAAGCUUCCCCCACCAGCUUGUCCCCAUAGGCUCCCCCAGCUCCUCUGGCCUCCAUGCCAUCACCAGACCUGAAGACCUCCAUAGGGUCCUUUGAGUCCCUGUCAAUCCUGAGCACCUCCCAGCCACCAGAGCCUUUGUGUCCCCUGAAGCACCCUUCACACCAGCCACAUUUGGGUACCCUAUUACCAAACCCAACCACCUCCAUAAAAUCCUUGGGGUCUCUGUCAUCUCCGAGCUCCUCCCAGCCACCAGAGCCUUUGCAUCCCCUGAAGCAUCCUUCACACAAGCCACGUGGGCGUUCCCCUCCCCGACAUCGGAACCCUGGCUGGGCGUCCUGGUCCGACUCCACCCAGGCUGAUUCUCAAACUGACGCCACAACAUGCCCAACGUGCAAUGCCCCUGAGCGCUCCUCUCUACACAGCUGGUGGGUGCCUUUGCCUUCCAGCCCUCGCGUGAUCCGAGGCGUUGGUUGCUGCAGUGAUCCUGACCUGGACGUCUCCUGGAGCCAGGAGGCUGCUAGAGCCUAGUGCCUCUGCACCUCCUCACAGUGUCCAUUCCAGUGCCCUAAUCUUCCCACCUGCCUACCAAAGGCUUCCUUCGAGGGAGACCCCACAUGCAGGCAGGGGAAGGCAGAGGUCCCACUUUCCUCAGCCUGGAUGUGCCAAAGCUCCCAGACACACAAGACACCAAAAUACCAGACACCACCUUGAACACCGCACAUCCAACAUCCACCAACAAUUGGGACUCUCCCGAGGACAACUUGGAGGACCCCACAGAUGCUGGAAACAUGUGUUCUAAUGGACUGGGAGAGGCAGAGAUGGGGUCCAAAUCUCCAGUCCCUGGAGCCGGUAAAUUUCCUUGGGAGGCUUGGCCCACACAGAGACCUCUUCCACAGUGCUGCACACAGAGACCUCCCACUGCAAUACAAAGGCCUCUGCCAGAGACCUCAUGUCCAUCCUUCCUUCUAGAGGAUCCAAACUCACUUAGAAAAUUGCCAGCAUGGGAGGGAUAACAUCAGCUGUGCCCACCACCGGAGGACAAGACACUUUGGAUCAUUGUCAGCAUUGCCCCCAAAAUGGGCUCUUUGCUAGGGAAGAAGCUCAGGAAUUGUUGCUCUUUUGCGAUGCCAUUCUCUCCUAACAGAACUGCAGAUUCCAUGUGUAGACUGCAAACUUCCGUUCUCCACAGGUUCCCACUAGCUCUACCCCGACCCACAGUUUAGAGAAUCACAACUUUUUUUUUGUUUGUUUUUGUUUUCUGUAAUUGAGAAAAUGCUCUGUUGCCCAGGCUGGAAGGCAGUGGUACCAUCUUGGCUCACCACAACCUCCACCUCCCAGAUUCAAGCCAUUCUCCUGCCUCAGCCUCCCAAAUAGCUGGGAUUACAGGCGCAUGCCACCACACCCAGCUAAUAUUUUUAGUUUUAAUAGAGACCGGGUUUCAUCAUGUUGGCCAGGCUUGUCUUAAACUCCUGACCUCAAAUGAUCUGCCUCCUUGGCCUCCCAAAGUGCUGGGAUUACAGGCUUGGGCCAAUGUGCCCAGCCAAAUCAUAAAUUUUGAACCUCAAAAAAUGCUGCCAACCUCCAAUAAGAUUGAAAUAUUUUCUUUGUCUAAUUUUAAUUAUUGUCUAGUCAAAUGGUAUCAAUGUCAUAUUUUAAAAUUUCACUCGCAGCAAGGCCUGCACUAGAGAGGGGCGACUUCCUUUUUUUGGAAACAUGAUAAAGACCCACAGCAAGUGGACUCUAGAAAUAAACCACCAGAGGCAUGUGGGCUCACACUGGCCUCCAGGGGGCUAUUUUACACAUAACUGUGUCAGGUUUGUGAGACCUGAUUUUUAAAAUGAAGCAACAAUCAUAUAAAGAUUUUCAAACAAAUGAGUCAGAUAUAUGGCAGCAUUUUUAUUUUAUCCUAUGGCAAAAUAAUUCUUCCUAAUUUUAAUAUUAUUUUGUUCCUCAAAAUGUAAUACCUGCAAAUGAUAUUAUCCCUGUUUCCAGGAUUUGACAAAGUCUUAAUGUACAGCCAACAUGACUUAGGCUGAUGAAGUACUUAGAAGGAUUCUAUUUUUUUUUUUUUUUGAGACAGAGUCUCGCUCGGUCACCCAAACUAGAGUGCAGUGGCACGAUCUCAGCUAACUGCAACCUUCGCCUCCCAAGUUCAGGUGAUUCUCGUGCCUCGGCCUCUCCAGUAGCUGGGAUUACAGACAUGCACCACUGUACCCGGCACAAUGAGUUGUGCAAAACUGUAAGGCACAGUGCGCACGAAAGCAACAUUCCCAUCAGCCGCUGCACCUGCAGCUACCAUACAUUACUGUAGAUGAUCUGUAUGUCCAACUUCCAGGGUGACUUGUGCCUUUAAUCUGGAAGAACUAAACAAGUGAGUCCAAUCUAUUACAAAAAUACUGUCAAAUUUCCAGACCUUUUUUUUCUUUUUUUUUUUUUUUUGAGACAGGAUCUCACACUCAGGCUCGUGUGCCGUGCGCAUCACAGUUAACUGUAGCCUUGACCUCCUGGGCGCAAAUGAUCCUCCCGCCUCAGUCUCCCAAGUAGUUGGGACCAACAGGUCUGUGCCAUCAUGCCUGGCCAAUUUCUAGAUUAUCUUUGGUAGAGAUCGUGUUGCCCAGGCUGGUCUUGAUCUCCUGGCCUCAAGUGAUCCUCCCACCUCAGCCUCCCAAAGUGUGGGAUUACAGGCAUGAGCCACCAUGUCUGACCUUGGUUUUGAAAUAGAUUUUUAUUUAAAACAGGUUUCAUGCUGAUUUCCAUAAAUCAGGCACUCCAGAACACAAUGAAUAGGGUGGCAAUUAUAUGUUGACUUCUUUUUUUUUUUUGAGACGGAGUUUCACUCUUGUUACCCAGGCUGGAGUGCAAUGGCAUGAUCUUGGCUCACUGCAACCUCUGCCUCCUGGGUUCAGGCAAUUCUCCUGCCUCAGCCUCCUGAGUAGCUGGGAUUACAGGCACAUACCACCGUGCCCAGUUAAUUUUUUGUAUUUUUAGUAGAGACGGGGUUUCACCUUGUUGACCAGGAUGGUCUCGAUCUCUUGACCUUGUAAUCCACCCGCCUCGGCCUACCAAAGUACUGGGAUUACAGGUGUGAGCCACCUCGCCCGGCCAUAUGUUGACUUCUUAACACUCCAAGAGAUAAAGAUCUUUUCCAAAUAAGCAAAAAAACUAGUCAUUGUACAAUAUUAGCCUCUAAGAGAAAUUUCCCUUUAUAGACUACAAUAUUACUGACAAAAGUUUUAUGCAUUUUUUUUUUUUUUUUUUUUUUUUUAACCAAACCAAACCAAACCAAAAAAAAAAAAAGGCAGGGCACCUUUUUUUUUUUUUUUUGGGAAAAAGAGAAAAAGAAGGGGAAAAAAAGAAAAAGAGGGAAAAAGGAGUAUUACUUCAUUCCUAAAAUGGGUUUCAAUAAUGGCCGAUCAAUAUUUUGAGUGUUUAAAGUGGUUAAUGCAUAUUUUAUGUGUUUAAAAUGAAGACCUCUAUUGUGUUUAUUUGUUCUGGCUCUGAGUUCAAAUCCUGGAUAUCGUUAUCAAUUUGUUGUCUCAUUGAAUCUAAAUCUCACUAUGUGUCUUAUGUAUCUGGGUGUUAAGAUCUCUUAUUGUUACAUUAAUCCUUUUACCCUUGUAUCCUUAUAGCUUUGAAAUCUAUUUUGUCAAAUGUGAAAAUUGCUACUCCUGCUUUUUAUUUAUUUAUUUUUGCUCUCCAUUUGGUUGGUACGUUUUUUUUUUUUUUUCCAACCCUUUAUUUUGAGUCUAUGUAUAUCUUUGGAUAUACCGUUGGAUUUUGUCUGUAUCUUUUGAUUGGGAGAUUUGGUUGAUUUAACUUUAGGGUUGCUGCCAUUUGAUAUUAACUGGCUAUUUUGUCCUUUUGUUGAUAAAAAUUCUUCUUUAUGUUAAUGCUCUUUACUUUUUGGUGUAUUUUUAGAAAGGAUCAUACUGGUUGUUCCUUUCUGUGUAUAAUGCUUCUUUUAGAAGUUCUUGUAAAGCAGGCCUGGUGGUAAUAAAAUCUCUGAGUACUUGCUUGUUCCUAAAAGAUUUUAUUUUUCCUUCAAAUGUAAAGCUUAAAUUGGCAGGAUAUGAAAUUCUGGGCUGAAAGUUUUGUUCUUUAAGUAUAUUGAAUAUUGGCCCCCACUCUCUUCUAGCUUGUAGGGUUUCCGUUGAGAGAUCUGCUGUAAGCCUAAUAGGCUUACCUUUAUGGGUAACUUAAUCUUUCUCUCUGGCUGCCCUUAAUAUUUUCUCCUUCGUUUCGAUCUUGGUGAAUCUAACGAUUAUGUGCCUUGGGGUUGGUCUUCUUGAGGAAUAUCUUUGUGGUGUUCUCUGUAUUGCCUGGGGUUGAAUAGUGUCCUGCUUUGCUAAAUUAGGAAAAUUUUCCUGGAUAAUGUCCUGGAGAGUAUUUUCCAGCUUGACUUCAUUCUCUCCGUCACAUUCAGGUACACCAAUCAAGCGUAUAUUAGGUCUUUUCACAUAGUCCCAUAUUUCUUGGAGACUUUGCUCAUUCCUUUUUAUCCUUUUUUCUCUAUUCUUGUCUUGUCGUUUUGUUUCAUUAAGUUGGUCUUCGACCUCUAAUACCCUUUCUUCUGCUUGAUCCAUUCGGCUGUUUAAGCUUGUACAUAUUUCACUCAGUUCUCGUGUUGUAUUUUUCAACUCCAUAAGUUCAUUUGUAUUCCUCUCUAUAUUGUCUAUUCUUUUCAACAUUUCAUCGAACCUUUUUUCCAAGUUCUUAGUUUCUUUACAUUGGGUUAGAACAAGUUCCUUUAACUCCCAGAAGUUUCUUAUCAUCCACCUUUUAAAGCCAACUUCAGAUAAUGGAACACAGUCCUUUUCCAUCAGCGCUUGUUCCGUUACUGAUGAGUGCUUUUCCAUCAGGGCUUGUUCGGUUGCUGAUGAGUCCUUUUCCAUCAGGGCUUGUUCCGUUGCUGAUGGGUUCUGAUUUUGAGUAUACUCGGCCUUCUUAGGCUGUUUUUUUCCCUUCAUUAUAGAUGAACCGCCUUUCUAAUUAGUUUUCUGAGUUGACGUCCGACUUUGAUUCCCAGUGCUGGGAUCCGAGCCACCCACUGUGGCAGCCUAAAUAGCAGCAGUAAGACUGAUGGUGCUCUUCUGCCCGGGAAUCUCUGGUCUGGCUUCCCUCUUGAGUCCGCAACAAGCGGCUCUGACUUCCCGGAGCUCCAACUCUGGUCAGUAGGGGAAGCAGUCCCGUUGGCUCUGCGUGAAGAGCUGCUGCGCCGAGACGCCGGCAAAACCGCUGUGGCGGCCACAAGAGUCGCGCUGGCGACCCGUGGGGCUCCUCCACUGGGAAUCGGCUAAUCGGUGAGUGGCGAAAAUUCGUCUAAAGAUGUGGCGUCGUCUCGUUCUCUGAGCUUUCACUGGGAGCUACAAUCCUGAGCUGUUAGUGGUCGGCCAUCUUGAAUCGAUCUCGCAUUUUUGUUUUAUAAAGAACUCCACAGGAAGAAAUUUCCCCAUUCUUUCCCAGUAGACACCGCUACAUCUUCUGUCACACACAAAUCAUUGGCACAGUACAGCAUGUCCAGAUGCAGAGAAUCAAGGGGUUUCAUAAUUGCUUCCCUAACAUAUGCCCAGAGGUUGGUCAGAUUUGUAGCCAUUCUUGUAACAGGAUUAAUCUUUAUAACUGUGCCCUUGCCUUGUGGAUGGUUUUUAGUUCCAUUCCAAAGAUGAGCCAGUGUCUGGGUUACUCAGAGGUGUGCCAUGGCGCCCUCCCUUGGCUGUUUUGUAAUAACCAGAACAGCCCAUUUCCCUGUGGACAGGCAGGCCAAGCUCUCCACGUCCCAGUACCACAGUUAUGCAAAGGAUACGGAUGGAACUCACAUUCAGAAAGCUAGAAAACAAGGCUGUGCCAGGCACAGUGGAUGAGCAAUGAGAGCUGCUAAUGUCUUUUCUAGAAGCAUGAGUGACCCAGCUCUUUGGUUCUGAGCAUUUCUGUGCUUUAGCGUUUCUCUCCCUUAUUCACAGUAAAGACAUCUGCAGCUCUGCCUUCCUCCUGAGAUCAGAAACUGGAGCAGCCACCACCUGCUCCUGAGAUUUUCACAAUCUCUGCCAUUUGUUAGCAAUGACCACUUAGCCAGACGUCUCAGCGCAGUGAUCCCCCUUAAACCACAGCAGCAAGGCCCCACCACCCUUUCUUUUAAUUCCCACCUUAAUUUGAUGCUGGUAACACUUUGUUUACCUAUUUCCAAUGGCAACAAAUAUUAUGUAGAAUGUGCACGUUUAUUUUGUAGACUGUGGUCCCUGGACUGAAAGAACUCUCCACCUACCACAUCUGUGACACGCGUAAAUCACUCAGUGUCUCCAAACUUAAUAUCCUUGAUGUGGAAAACAGGGAUAGAAGCUAAUAACACUGCAGGGCAGGAGACAUGCGUUAAUAUAAAACUCUUGGCAUGAUUCCUACUGCAUAGUUUUGCUAUUAUCAUUGCUUGUAUUUUUGGUGCAUUUUAACCAACUUAGUUUUAUUUGUUAAAGUACAGUACACACAAUUGUUUCUUUUUUUACAGAAUUAAUC